AUGCAGGCAGCCCAAGAACAAAUACUUGAAGAUACUACCGAAGAACUCCGUGAUGGCCUCAGGGAGAUCCAAGAGAAUCCCUUUGUUCCUAGCGAAUCAGCUGAUUGGGUUGAUGACCCGGCCAUGGCUCAAUUCCCGCUCUUUCAGGAUGAAGGCCUUAGUUAUGAGCAGCUAGUGAGUGUAGUCAAUUCGUUGCUGCCCAGAAAGCGCACAAAAGGCUUGACUUGGGGCGACCAGAUGACAAAACUGUACACUUCAUGGACAGAACAGCUCCCUGUUCUUGCGAACUUCUAUCUCCAUUUCAAGACAGAGAAUCCACACUCAACGCCAGCUCAUUAUCCCACUCCUGGAGAUGACAUUGGGUAUAUUCGUAUUUGCUGCCUUGACAUAUUUGGUGAGUUGCGCUAA